AUGAAUCAUUUUAUCGAACAGUUGAGGCAAGGAAAUGUCGAAGUGCUGAACGUAAAUCUUAAUGAAAAUGGUCCUCUAAUUGCAUCACUACAGAAUGAACUUCAUUCUCAAUACAAUAAUAUAAAGCUAGAACAGUUAGUGGAGGGCUUUAAACUUUAUAAUGGAAGCUGGACAAGGUUUAACAUUAUGUUAAAGAGUUUUUUGAGGUACUGUCGAGAUGUCAACCCAUGGUCAUUGUGGGAGUCUUCUGACCUCAUAUAUGCAUUUUAUCAAGACCUGAGUAACUGCCUUUUGAAUGACACAUAUCCGCUAGAAAAUCUUGUACAGCUCUUCAAAGAUGUUACUGAUUGGUUACUUCCAAUGUCAAUACAAUUGGACGCUAACUAUGCUUCGAAUGGUACCAGGAAAAACCAGUUCUUACAGCAUGUUGCAUCUGUUAUUUCCAGAGUUUUCAACAGCAUUAAAGCAAGAGUAGAUGAAUCUCCAACUGAAUUCCAUGCUCUUUCUGCCAAACAACAGAGUUUGCUUUAUGUGGCUAACAAGUUGAAUAAUAUUUAUUUUCGUCUGGACUCUCCAUCAUCAUGUGCGAAUAUAUUUAAAAAUAUAAAGCCUAAGUCGAUGCUGGAGCAUUUUCAUCAGUAUCCUAUCAAGGAGCGCAUAGAGUACAGGUACUUGCUUGGGAGAUAUUAUUUACUAAAUCAUCGCAUAAGUGACGCUUUUCACCAACUAAACAGUUCCUACCGUAUGCUCCACUUUCUAGCCAUGAAUUCUUCUGCACCUUCACAUGAAUUAGUGCGUAACAUGGUACGUGUAAUGCGAUACUUAAUACCAGCAGGUAUUAUAUUGGGUAAGGUUCCUUCUUUUACGUUCGUUGACCAGAUCGCUCCCGAUCUUAGCCAUUUAUACACUAAGUUGAUCCAAAAGAUCAAAACCGGGCACGUAGCCGGCAUUAACGAAUGGCUUUACACAAAUGAGGACUAUCUGCGAAGAAAAAGACUAUUUAUAGCCAUUCUAGAGAAAGUACCAAUCUUGGCCUAUCGUAAUCUGCUCAAGCAAGUCGUCCAGCUCACAAUUCUUCCAGCCGAAAGUAACAGGAUAUCUUACGAAACUAUGGAGACCGCACUGAGGGUUUCGCUACACGGCUCUCAACCACAAGAUGGACUGCCAUUGAUGUACAGUAUAAUCCAUACCACUGACAAUGCAGAGAAUGUCUUAGUCACCCUCAUCAACCACAGUUUCUUUCGCGGUAACUGCUUCCCACUUAACAGGAUGUGCAUCACAAUGAAGACCAACAACAUAAAUGACAUUUUCCCUCCUAUUAGUGAUAAAAUUGCAGCCAAGUUUCCAUUGAAUAGCGAGGAUGCAUGGUUAGAUACGUGA